UUAGUUCGAAGUUACGUUCGAGUAUAGAGGGACACGUACAAACAGUGCAAAAUUCGAUAAAAUUGUCUUAGAAGAAGGACGAAGUAAACCACGAAAAUUGUACUUGCCACAAGUAAUACUUGUCAUACUAAAAGUGAACAGUCAAAGGAUUAAAACUAAACAACACGGAAGGAACAUGCGUACGAUAAAUGGGAUUUUUAGAGAUAAAAAAUAUACGAAUAACCGUGAAUCCGAGUAAUUACUCAUACGUCAUCUGUAAUUUUGAUUAAAGAUGAUGUAUCUUUACAUUGGAUUGAUCAUUUGCUUGAUAAUUAUACCGAGUGAAAUACAAUCUAAAUUUGAUGAUAUUCAAAGUAACAAUGUGGCUGAACUAACAUCACAAUUGACCAUUCAAAGAACGGAGAAUUUCAAACGUAUAUUGAAUUAUGUGCAUAAUUCUAAGGAAUUUCAACCAUUUAUGGUCUCAUUGCUUUUGUUCGAUACAAAAUCGUACAUACUUGAGUCUCUCUUGCAUCAAAUAGCGAUCGAUUUUAUUCAAGGUUAUCGGAUAAAUGCCAAUGAUUUUGUUACAAAAUGUACUUGGAGGGAUCAAUUUCAAUUAACUUGGAUUUUACCUAUCGAUGAUCUUCGUCAACUUCAACAUUUCUUACACGAAAAAUUAUGGAAACCGAACAAUCAAUAUUUGAUUAUUUUCCUUGGUGAAGAAGAAAUCUCAAGAAAAACGUGGAAAACAAUUUUUCAAGAACUUUGGUUCAAAUUUCAUGUUUAUCGAAUACUCGUUACAUCGAUUAUCGAUCAUUUUCAAUGUUUUUUAAAUUAUCAUCCAUUCGAAUCAAUACCAAAUGGUUAUGGUAAAGUACAUAAAUUAUGUUUCGAUGAUUUCGAAGAAUACAAUACGAGAAAUCAAACGAACUCGUUCAGUUCUGUUUUAUCGGAAAAUAUAAAUCUGUUCGAAACUUUUGAAAAUAUAAAUGGUUAUCCGAUUAAAGUAACUGUUUUUCCAUCAAUGAUGAUGAACAUUAACGUAGACGAAAACAACGUAAUCCGUUACACCAAAUUGGAUGCCAAAGUGAUGAGCACAUUGGAGAAUAGCAUGAACACUAAUUUCAUCGUUACUGUAUUGUACAAAAUGGAUGACGUUGAUCCCUUUCACGAAUCCUUACGAAAUAUUGAAGAUAAUAAGAGUGAACUCGUUUUAACCAGUCUUUUUAUUAAAAUUUACAAUGAUUCUUUUCUAUAUGAAUUUACGGUUGGCAUAGAAGUAGACAAGCUUUGUUUCAUUGCACCAACCAGAGGAUACUUACCAAAAUCUUAUAUGCCAUUUUUACCAUUUACAAAAGAAUUAUGGAUACUAUUAAUAUUUUAUAACAUUUUUGUUACAAUAUUCUGGGUAAUUUUGAAAUAUUUGAGUUAUUCCAUUCGUAAUGACAAACCAAUCACUUGUCCUCUGAGUAAAGAUUUAUGGGAUAUUCGUAAAGAAAAGUUAUCGAAUGUUAUUUCGAAAAGGAACGAUUAUUCUCGUUCAAUAAAUAAAGAAAAAUCACCACCAGAGAUUCAUCCAUACGUGAUUGGUUGUACAGAAUUAAUGAUAUUAUUUUGUUAUCCAUUCGAAAGAGCAUACACCCCAGCACUUAGAAUUUUUCUUUGUGGUUCUUUAUUAUUCGGAUUAGUAAUCGCUGGAUUAUACAACAAUUGGCUCAUGUGGACACUUAGCAAACCAUUGAGAUAUCCAGAAAUUAAUACUAUCGAGGAUGUAGCAGAUUCAAAUUAUACGAUAGUUACGAAAUAUUUAAAUUUAAAAGAGGAUACUUUCAUCGGUGACGAUCCAUUGGACACAAAACUUAGAAGUAAAAUCAGUGUACUUAAUUCGGAUAAACCAACGAAUUAUUUCGUAGCGUUCGAUCGUAGUUUUAUUGCAUUAGGUCGAUUUACCUCAAUCAAGUUGGAAAAUUACUCGGUUUAUUACGACGACGAUGGUAACAAAUUAAUCCAUGUUGUCGAAGAGUGUCCAGUUACUUAUACGCUUUCUUACGUGAUUAAACUUAAUUCACCUUACACUGAAAGGAUCAAUACCUUGCUACUGAGGAUGCAACAAUUUGGGUUCAUUAACUUUUGGUAUGAGGAAAUGACACAUCCUUUAUUCGUCGAGGAUGCCAAAAUGAAAUUGCAAUUGAGCGAGAGAAAGAAAAAACUUACUUUGGAACAUUACUCGUUAACAUUUAUCGGAUUGUUUAUUGGUCUAAUUGGAUGUUUUCUCGUAUUUCUAGCUGAAAUUCAUUACGCCAGAUGUAGAAGGUGUUAAAAAUUAUAAAGAAAAAAGUUAUUAACAAAUUGUAUAAUAUCUUUCUUUCUUUGUGUUUGUUUUAACUGUUUAAAUUUGUUUCUCUUUUUCAUUUAUUCGUUCGUUUGAUAACAAAAUUUCUUUAUCCAACGCAUAUUGCGUUAUAAUUACUACGAAAGAUUUAUCUGUUAUAUUAUAUUCUAAUUAAAUUGUUCAAAGAUAAACGAAACGGGUGUAAAAAUCUAUUUUUUCUUUUUA